AUGGCGGGGCAAUCUGAUCCUCACCUGCCGAUGUUCACGGCACCGGAGGUCGCUCGCUGGCUGCCUCGUUUUUUCGGCCGUUCGGGGAGAAUUCCUUUGGAUUCUCUCUCAUUCUCUCUCUCUGUCUCAGGGAAAUCCAAUGCCCAAACGGUGCCUUUUGUUUCUUGAUUCAGGUGGAGUUUCUUGCCGAGGACGAGAUCGUGGAGAUCAUCCCCAACGUUCGGAUGGGAGCCCUUCACAUGAUUUGCGUAGUGCUUCGGAAGCGUUUUGACUACUUGGGCAACUUUUUUUUCUGACUUCAAUCUCUUUGAUGUAAUGCCUGUCAUUGCCGACCAGUGCAAUUGUUUCUGUGGGUGAUGCGUUACAGGGAGACUUCGGACCUUUCCUCCCACAGAUCGCGGUGAAGGUUCCUCUCUGGCUUGCAGUGGCUAUGAAGAAACGUGGGAAGUGCGCCAUUAGACCACCAGGAUGGUUAUCAGUCGGUGAGAAAGAAGGCCAUCUUUUCCUUCCUUUGUGUUCUUGUGCUGUAGCCGACUUGUAAAGCUGUUUCAGCCCUGUGAAUGCAUCUAGAUAUGUUUUGGGGAUAUUGUUAGCCUUCCCUAUGAUGCUUUAAUUCAAAAGAAAUAUUCCGAUACUGUCCAUAAUGACACAUUGGAUAAUGUAGAUACAAUCCACAUUGUUUUAUCUAUUUUCUCCCUCAUCCAUUCCGUAGAUCGGUGAACAAUUUUCGUUAGAAAUAUACUUGCCACUAAUUACGUGCUAUACCUGUUCUCAGACAACUUGACGCAGGUCUUGGAGGCAGAACGUGAGUCUCCUAGAGAGUUUCAGGCGUUGCCUUUCCACUAUGUUGAAAUUUCGAGGCUUUUGUUUGACCAGUAUGUACUGCACGCGAUUGCAUUCUUGAUUUCCCUUUGUGCCCUAUUACAAUGGUUCGAACUAAGAAAAUCACCUUGUUGCUGCAGUGCACGUGAUGACAUCCCAGACAUAUAUAUGGUGAGCAGGCGAAAAUGCUGCAUGGAAUGCUUCUCGGUUUUAAUUGUCUUGUUCUGAUUUGCUUGCUUGUAGGUGAGGUCUUUGAUUGAGGAUAUCAAAGGUGUACGUUUUCACAAGGUUGAAACCGGCUUAGAGACAAUAUCUGGUCGAACACAUGCUGUUAAGGUAUGAUUGCUUCAUGUUGGACAUGAGAAUCAGGCCUUAGUAUUUCUGAGGUCUUCAGGAAUAUAUUUCUUCGUGCAUAUAUCCUGUGAAGUUAAGUCAUAUAUAUAUAUAUAUAUAUAUAUAUAUAUAUAUAUGAUGCUGAAUUUAGCUUUUGAUCACGUGAAUUGAUCAUUCUGCGAGACGAUCCUAUUGAUUUGUUAUAGGAGGAUGACAAUGACGAGCCUUUUUACUGAUUUCAUGUGCGUCAGGAAUCCACUGAUGGUAGAAAUGUGCACAAUUAGAAUUGAUUGGUGAAUAUUUCAAGCUUUUUUCUCUUCCCACCCUACCUCAUUUUAUUUCUUCAUAUUUCAUAGGUUAAUAUCACAAGGGAUAUUUUCUAAUUUGACCAGUCAGCUCAUUCCUUUCUAAAAGCGGGUUGUUCAACAUGUCAUUGCUUUUCUCAGUUCAAAAGAGAAUUUCUCGAUUUUUCAUGGUGUUUGGAUAGAAACUUUGCGAAGCUGUACAUAGAUAACCCUUUAAUUCAUUGCUAGUCUUAGAUGUCAUGACUUUUGCGAUGGAUGUUUGACUUUAAUGGCAGUUUCUAAAUUGCAGCUGAAAAACCUAUCUGCGAUGGAAGUUAAUAUUGUACGCCCAUUUUUAGUGAGAACGUUGCAGGCCUUUUAUAAGCACGAUAGUCCCCAAAUUGUUCAACCUCAAGGAUCACUAAAUAGCAAAAGGCCACAGGCGGCAGACCGUGGUCCACGAGUAAGUAGAUUGACCUUCUAUUUUUAUAAUUCUAGUUUGACCAUGGGAUGUUGAAAAAAAGGCUCCGCGUAUUCUUUAACAAUAUGGAGGAUUUAAGUUCUAUACUUAGUUUUAUGCGUUCAAGGUUGAAUUCUAGUGCGUUGACUGCGUGCUUCUAUGGUUUUGUUUCUUCCCAUUCUUUUCGAGAGUGAUUUUUUGUUAACCUUCUCUGUCGAGCUCAUCCGACUUGUCUGCUGCGUUAUUAGCCCAUUUCAUCUGUGUCGCACUUAGGAGGCAUAUGGUUUGAAAGUGGAGCCAUGUUAUCCAUUUCUAUUAACUCUUUUGACUUCAAGCGGAGACGUGGAUCUAACUUGGUUGAGCUUUUCCUUGCAUUGGUCUCCGUCCAAACGUCACCGUCUUAUUACUGAAAGCUAUCCUCUAUCUUGACAACAUUUUUUCUUUGUUUUCAGAGAGAUCUAAGGCCGCGGUAG